GACGAAGAAGUCGAAACCGUUCUGAAACAUCCGGGCAGAUCCCGCAAACUACAAUAACCAUUGCAACUGCUUUAUCACCGUUAUGUCUAGUGUUUUUUCUCUUUUGGUGAGGAUGAAAGAUAAUUCCGUGGGAUGAAAAUACUGUAUCAAAUAAGAAGAAACCCACGGCAGAGUUGCUAUCGCUAUUCGCUGCAUUUUAUUUUAAAUCUUGGGUGUGUGUGUUUAAGGAACACUUGAGGCUGAGGAAGGCAACAGGCAUCGCAAACAUGUAACUGAAUGCGUGUAGAGUAUUUCAGCAGAUUUCCGCAGAAAGCCGCAGUGACCUGUACGCGUACACGUCUUGUGAACUGAUGUUGUCAAGUCCUAUUUUGCUGCAAAGAAAGUGUUGGUCAACUUUUCUGGCCUUGUGGGCGGGUUUUAAGUGGUCACUGCUAAAUUGUUGGUAGACCUUGCACACGGGAAGCAGUUUUUGACGGGUUCGUUGAAGAUGGCAGACGAGGAGGACUCUGGGCCAGAGGCAGAGCCGACCUGUGCUUCUCCAGCUGGGAGUCCAGAAUCCGCUCGGCCUCACUUCGUCUCGUUCUCCGAGAGUGUUCAGCCUGCGGUGGGCAUGAUGAGCCAGCUACUCAGUCAACCUUCCUCGCUCAAAUUCGACAAGAAUAUCAAGCAGGCCUUCUACAACACAGGAGCGAUGAUAUUCGUGGCGAUCUGUUGCGGGGCAGCUGUAUUAGUCUACUUUAUCCUAGAGGCAUUUCUGAGACCCCUGCUAUGGGCCGUUCUCUGCGGGACCUUCCUUCACCCGUUCAAGCACUCCCUAGCCCGACUGGGACGUUCCUGGCUCACAGGGCUGCAGGACACCGGUACGCCGAUACUCCUCGGAACUCUACUGGUGCCGGUGUGGUGUGUAAACCACGGGGUGGAGUUCCUGGGUGCGCUGGUACUGGAGAGGCUCACCGUACUGCUAGUGAUCGGGGCGGGUGCGCCCCUCAUCUACUUCUUUUACCUAUUCUGGAGCGUAAUUGGCAUGCAGGUUAUCAUUGGAUUCGUGUGUGAUGUAAUCGGGAGCGCCCUAGACUGUUUCCACGCCAUUUGGGUUUCAGCAGUUGUAUUGGGGUAUGUAGUGGUUGUGGCAUGCAGGUGGAGUCCUAACACCCAGGGAUAUCUGAGAACCAUGUCUGUACCUGUUUGGACCAUACUACUCUUCUAUAUGGUUUCUCUGACUGGCUCGUGGAGAGUUCCUGUGUUUGUUGUUGUGGUCACGCUCCUCAUCGUGGGGUCUCAGGAGAAGCCAGCCGUCCCUGGCAACUCGGGUGAGUUGUCUGGGCAGGUGUUGUCGUUCGCUGCUAACACCAUCUACAUGGCCAUCUCCUGCAGCAACCUCCGUCUCGGGCCCGAGAGGCAGACCGACGCCAGCGACGGCUCCACAGAUGGGAUGGACCCUGGCCCUUCCCGCAUGCCCUCUGUCCUCCAGUCUCCCCGCCGGGCCCGUCCUGAGUUAAGGGGCCUGUUCCAAAAGGAGAAGGGGUCCCAAAAAGCCAGUGAUAUCUAUUUCAUCCUGCUGGUCUGGGCAUUUGUUUUGGUCCAAGUCUGGCUCAAUCUCUGGAUGCUACAACUACUUCCUAUCCCUGUGGCUGUGUGGGUGCUGAAGAAGCUGGUAGUACAUUUUGGCCUGAAGGGAUUUGCUGAGAAGACCCUGUCAUCAUGGUGGGUUGGGCUAGAGAAGUUUGGCCGUGAGCGACAGGAAGCCAUCCUACCUGGACCAAUCAAAGGACUUGUUCAUUUCCUGCUCCGCAUUGACACCAAGCUCUGGCAUUGGCUUAACAAGCAGACGGUCGUCUGGCUGGAGCGUUCCCUGGAUAAACUCAUCAGCAUCUUCAUCAUCUUCCUUCUGGUGACGGGAACCCUGAUCAUGGGUCUGCUCCUUACUGCAAUGGUUCAUCAUGAAAGUGUUCAUAUUAUUGAGGUGACCAGUAACCUAAUCAAUGAGACGGUGUCCAACCAUCCAGAGUGGGCCAAUUGGCUCCCAGAGGCCCAGGUCAUCCAGAAAGCCAUGAACUCAGCAGCUACUAACGUUUACCAGCAUGGCCGAGAAUGGAUAACAUUCAAGCUCCACAAGAUGCUAGGUGAAAAGGGGAACCACACGGCUGUCAUCGAGAAGCAGGUUCUGGAACUGUGGGACCGUCUGUACCACUCCUGGUUCGUCAAGAACGUGACCCAUGCAGGUGGGCGUAGCCGCGGCGGGGGUCAUAAGCUGGCGCCUCAGAGACAGAACAGCUGGCUGGGAGAGAUCUUAGACUGGCAGGACAUUGCCUCCUUCGUACAGGAGAACAUAGAAACACUGCUGUCUAUCGUGGAGUCUCUGUGGGUAGUGAUGAGUCGGAACGUUGGGCUCCUGAUCUCCACGACGACCACACUCCUCACCAUCCUCUUCCACAGCGGCACGGCCGUACUCAACUUCGCCCUCAGCCUGGUGAUAUUCCUGACCACUUUGUUCUACUUGCUGAGCUCCAGCGGAGAGUACUACGAGCCUGUCAAAUGGGUGAUCAGCCUCACCCCGCUCUCCCAACCCGGACCGUCCUCUAAUAUCAUAGGACAGUCUGUAGAGGAGGCCAUCAGGGGAGUGUUUGACGCCUCGCUGAAGAUGGCGGGAUUCUACGGCUUGUACACCUGGCUCACUCACACCAUAUUUGGCAUCCACAUCGUCUUCAUACCCUCUGCCCUGGCAGCUAUUCUGGGAGCCGUGCCGUUCCUGGGGACCUACUGGGCAGCUCUGCCCGCUGUGUGUGACCUCUGGCUGGCGCAGGGGGAGGGUGUCAAGGCCCUGCUACUACUGGUGUUCCACAUGCUGCCCACCUACUUUGUGGACACGGCCAUCUACUCCGAUAUCUCAGGUGGUGGCCACCCAUAUCUGACUGGUCUAGCGGUGGCAGGCGGAGCAUACUACCUGGGUCUGGAGGGGGCAAUCAUCGGUCCAAUCCUGCUCUGUAUCCUGGUGGUGGCCUCCAACAUCUACAGUGCCAUGUUGAUGAGUCCCAGCUCUGCCCAGCCAACCCCCGUACAGUCAGCCUGGCCUCUAAACCCUGCCAGGACCUUCAUGGACAGCACUCCCUCACUGCUGAAGAGGGCGUGUGAGUGAGGAGGGGUCACCCUGUGUCUCCUGGUUUUUCAUUGGCUGGGUGCCUGUCCCUUGGCUUCCCAUAGGCGGUUUCCAUGGGAAAAGCGUGCCUGAUUCCCCUGUGCUUCUCCCCUCAGCUCUAUGGGGUCUCCCUGGCAGAGUGGCACAAGUGUGAAUGAAGGUUACCCACAAUGCCAGCUGCUAUACAAAAUCUACUUUUCAAACCAGCAAGUAGAGACCCUCCCUCGUCCCCAACAUUACAAGACCUUAAAGAUGCAUAUUGUAAAUUUUAAACAACAGAAUGAUUUACCUGGGCAGGCGGCCAUAUUGGACUUACCAUGUUUAAUAUUGGAAUGUUUGCACAUUGAAUGUUAUCACAUCGUCUUGCCAAACACUGUGCCUCUGUCUGUGUUCCACACAUGCAGCAAUGGCAAAAGUCCACUGUGCCACCAUAUUGGAUGGCAAAACGUUUUAGCACAGGGUCUAUUCUACCUAUUGAGUUUACGUCCCCAGUACCAUAACUGCAGACUUACCGAAAAUGGGGUGUAUUUUUACCCCAACAAACCCAGUCUCUUCCCGCCCUUCCUAAUGGCUCUAGUGGGGGAUUCAGAUUGGCUGGCAUGUUGCUAGGUGCUAUAGACUGGUGGUUCCCAACUCUGGUUCUCCAGUAUGCCCACAAGCACGCUAUUUUUGUAGCCCCAAACAAGCAUACCCAAUUUGUCAGGUGUGCUCACUGGUCCAGGGUUACAGUAAAAAUGUGUCCUGUUGAGGGUACAUGUGGACUGGAGUUUGGAACUGCUGAAAUGGAGCUUUGGGGCAGCUGAGUCACUCAAAUAUAGUGAGCCUUAAGUGCUUUCAUUUGUAUCAUGUUUACUGUUUCAUUUUAAUUGUACUUUUAUUUUUUUGUAGUCUUUGUGGUUACACUUUGUCUUGACCUACUGUCGUGUUCGAAAGUUCAGUUGGCACAUCGAUGAGCACUGUAUCCAUGUACUUCUUGAAUGCAGACAGGAUGUCCUGUUUUAGGUGGGUGUAGUGGGAGGGGUUUGAUCACUCAUAUCUCUCUUACCUGUGUUUGUGUUUUGAGAUUUUAAAAAUAUUUAUUUUUAGCUCAAUGUUACGUUUUGCUCGCUUAACAUUUCAGACACACGUUGAUGUCAUGUCUGCUGUAAGGUCAGUAUCUUACAUGUUGCUGUGACAUAUUUUAAUAAUAACGGUACUAAGUCUACAACAUACAUAUAACUGUCAGUUACACACAAACACAAUUAAAACCCACUCAGCGAUUGUUGUAGGAAGAUGCACUUUCCACACUGUUUCCACCAGAUGGACACUGAAAAGCCAUCUGUCCUCUGUGCAGUAUGUGUACGUGAUCAUCUUGUCUCGCCUGUGUUUACUGCCUGAAGUCGAGAAAGCUGAUUGGUUGGGUUGAAGUACUGUUUCAUCCCCACUCACCUGAAUGGAAAGUACCCCGUCACACUGCACUCUGCAGUGGUUUUCCACAGGAAGUGCACUGAGAUAAUAAAGACUUUCAACUAAG